AUCGAUCAUAGAAUGGAGACAGACAUAAGUCAAAAUGUAAAAUGGAGACUGAAGAAAGUAAAUAAAUUCUGGUUUCUAGAUAUCGGAGGAAAACUUAAGUUGCUCAAUAUGUUAAAUAAAGCAAGUGAUGUACUCAUGGAGGAGAACAUUAUUUUUGCUGAUGACUUAAUGUAUCAGGUUUCUGAAGAAAGUGAGGGGGAAGUCAUUAUUACUGAAGUAAAAUGCAUUGAUCAGAAAGACAAAACAUCAGAGUUCAAACAAGAUGAUACAGUUUUUCAAACAAAAAUAGAUAUAAAGCCUGAUACAAGAGGGGAAAAUUUAAAAGAUCUCGAGGAGAUACUACACACGCCGUUAGAAGAUCGCCUUGUUACGAAAGAAGGAGAAGAUAAUAGUUCAGGUAAUGAAGAAAUGGUGAAUUAUGACUUUGGGAGUGAAGAAUAUGUUGAAAGGGAAGGAAAGAUCCGGGGCUUUUUCAAACGCAUGAAACAGAUCAUCAAAAAGAAAACUGCCAAAAGAGAGGUUGGGGAGCCUGUCUACGAGUUUGUACCGAAUGCGUUUAAAGAGGAGUCGAGUGCUAGUAUAAGUGAUAAAGAUUGUUACACACCUUUUCAAGAGGACGUGUGUACUGAUGCCGUUUCUGGAGCGAAGAUAGUAACAGCAAUAUAUGAUUUUCAAAAGUUUUCUGACGAUGAGAUAAGCUUCAAAAAGCUAGACAAACUUAAAAUCCGUGACGAUAUCUUCACAAGUGAUAACUCUGAUUGGUGUUAUGCUGAACAUUUAUCUACUGGAGAGAAAGGAUUCGUUCCAAUUGCCUAUAUCUCACAUGCCAGCCAAAAACUGAUAUCACAAGACUGGUGGUAUGAUAUUAGCUCACAUGCAUCGAUGGUGUUGAUGAACAAUCCGGACACUCCUGUGGGAACAUUCCUUAUACGUCCAUCUGGAAGAGGACGGACUUUUGUCUUAACAAUGCGGGUACCAAGAAUUUGUUCAAAUCAAAGAGUUGUUGGACAAUAUCGUAUCCUGUCACAAAAUGAUCGACUGUUCAUCAGCCCUAAACGAAAAUUCAGCGACAUCUUUUCGCUUGUGGAACACUAUAAACACUUUGCUGAUGGUUUGCCGUGCAAACUAACGUAUUCAAUUCCAAAGCAAAAUCCUAUUGUUUAUCCAAGGAGAGUAGAAAUUGAUAGAAAUGCGAUUGAACUUGUAAAUACAUUUCCUGUCGGCAACUUUGGAGAGCUUGUCAUAGGAAAAUUGUUCAAUACAUUAGAUGUUACCAUCGUGACAAAAUGCAAAAGUGAACUGGGUCCAUUUUUAGGCAGAGCCAAGUUACUGUUUAAGUUUCGAAAAUGUGAACACUUUGUUAGAUUGAUAGCUGUCGUUCUUGAACCUGAACCAUUCAUGAUUGUACUCGGGGAAACGAUUAAAGACACGCUACAAAGUAACCUCAGAAAAAUUACUGGAAAAGAAUUAUCUCUUAUGAAAUUGACCAGGAUGGCUUCAGAGAUUGCUUAUGGCAUGGCAUUUCUGGAAGAAAAAGGCAUUGUCCACGGCAAUUUGAAAGCAGAAAACGUUUUAAUUUGUGAGCAUGAUAAACUAAAGAUAUUGCACCCAAAUCUGAUAAUACUUAUGAAAAGCAGUGAAAACGAAAAACAUAGACAAGAUGAGAUUGAAUGGCAAUGGACGGCACCUGAAGUUACAGCAGACGAAAAUGCGUUAAGUACAAAAUCCGACGUAUGGUCGUUUGGAGUUUUGAUGUAUGAAAUGAUCACUUUUGGGGAAAUUCCGUAUUCAGGUUUUGACAAGGAACAUGUUGAACGUAGUUUAUCUAAAGGACUUAGACUACCAAUACCAAAGAGCAGUACAAUGCAAUGUCCUGUCGAAUUGUAUAACACAAUACUUCAAUGUUGGCAUAAAAAUCGGGAUUGCCGACUAACAUUUGAAUUUCUGGGGGACUUUCUGUAUGACUUUCAAACCGCUAUUGAAUCUGAGUCUCAUCUAAAAGAUGACGGUUCGAAGUAUAUGUACAUGAGUGGGACAUUAGAGAAUAAACAAGAGGAGUUGACGGAAAUAUCAGAAGAUUCGGAGGAACAUUUUCAUGUUAAUGUAAAAAGCGUUAAAAAGGCCGAUGUACAUGAGGAUCAAAGUACAAGCAAUAAAAGUGUUGAUAUAACACCAGGAUUUAAUGUAACUGCCUUGUACGAUUACACAGCAGGAGACGAUGACGAAAUAUCUUUUGAUCCUGGCGAUAUCAUAACAAAUAUAGAACCAAUAGAUGAUGGUUGGUGGAUAGGGACAACAGCAAAUGGAGCACGUGGGAUGUUUCCUGCUAAUUAUGUGGAAGUCUGUGAAAACGCAUACUCUGAAGUAACAAAAUUGUAGUUAUGAAAUGUGGCAAUUGCAAUUGAACUCCAGCCCCAAGACAUAUACACAUAAAUAACAAAUUGAAUGCUUUAAUUGCUCGCAGAUGUCGUAUUUAUAAUGUAAAAUCUGCUUAAACUCAAGAAAUACCUGGAAGUAUUUAAUAUAUCUUAUUCUAGUUAAUACAGUUUAAUAAAACGUUAUUGACAAUAGCUUAGCAAGGUAAUUUGCGAAAACUUAACGAGGAAUAAAGCUUCAAACAUAAAACUAUUUCUGAAAUAAAUUGUGAGAAAUGUUACUUUCUGUUAAACCAAGAAAAAUAAUUGUUGUUGUUCUUGUUGUUGUGGUUGCUGUUGCUGUUGCUGCUUGUUGUUUAGUGGAAAUAGAAUAGUUUAGACAGAAGUCAAUUGUGGUUAUUCUUUUUCAACAAAAGUCAUAAAAUAACUAUAGAUGAAAUGUUUUCUUUGAUGUACAACUUUUACAAAGCUUUUAAAUGAGGUUGCAUGCAUAUUUCUGGACUGAUGUGAUC